CUGUGAAAACAAAUUAGCUUUCUGUUCUCUUCUCUCAAUCCUACAGUAAGGUUCUACGGUGUUUAGCCUUUAGCGGGUCCGAACCCGAACCAUAAACCGUUUUUUUUUUCCAUUGUCCUUUGUUUUCUUACUUUGCUCUCCCACGAAGGAAAAUGGAUCCCCCACCGGGGCCAUGCCAUAUACCUCUCUCUAAAAUCUAAACCAAACAAUCCUCUCUUGUCUCCACUCCUCUCCUCAUCUGGGGUCUUAAUACCAAUCAAGACAGAAUCUUCAAGGUGGGACUACAAUGACAAAUCCAAUCUCCACUGCAUGAGUAUUGACAUUUUUUACAGUAGGACAGGUUGGUAAGGGAAGGAGCUCAACUACCCCUGUCCUUUCUUGCUAGUUGCCGAGAUGUCAAGUUAUUCGGGUGUAGUUGUUUCUGACCAGUGGCUUCAAAGCCAGUUCACACAGGUUGAGCUUCGAAGUCUCAAAUCUAAAUUCACUUCAAUGAAGAAUCAGAAUGGUAAAUUUACAGUUGGAGAUUUGCCGUCUUUAAUGUUGAAAUUAAAGGCGUUUAAAGAAAUGUAUUCUGAGGAUGAGAUCAGGGGAAUCUUAGGUGACCAAGGUUCUGACUUCAGCAAUGAGAUUGAAUUUGAGGGCUUCCUCAGAGUGUAUCUGACUUUGCAAGGUCGAGCUACAGAAAAGUUGGGUGGUCCGAAGAACUCUUCAUCAUUCUUGAAAGCCACAACAACUACCCUUCUUCACACAAUAAGUGAAUCGGAGAAAGCAUCAUAUGUUGCUCACAUAAACAGUUAUCUUGGAGAUGAUCCCUUUUUAAAGAAAUAUCUUCCAUUAGACCCAGCUACAAAUGAUCUCUUUGAUCUAGCAAAAGAUGGAGUUCUUUUAUGUAAGCUUAUCAAUGUUGCGGUACCUGGGACGAUUGACGAGCGGGCUAUUAACACCAAACAAAUCAUUAAUUUAUGGGAAAGAAAUGAGAAUCAUACUCUGUGCCUCAACUCUGCCAAGGCAAUUGGCUGCACAGUGGUUAACAUUGGCACCCAGGACUUGGUUGAAGGAAGGCCUCACCUAGUAUUAGGAUUGAUUUCCCAAAUUAUAAAGAUCCAACUAUUGGCUGAUCUCAAUCUUAAGAAAACUCCUCAGCUUGUGGAAUUGGUUGAAGAUAGCAAUGAUGUAGAAGAGCUGAUGAGUUUACCUCCUGAUAAGGUUUUAUUGAAAUGGAUGAACUUCCAUCUCCAAAAAGCUGGGUACAAGAAACCUGUUAAUAAUUUUUCUUCCGACCUAAAGGAUGGAGAGGCAUAUGCUUACCUGCUUAAUGUUCUUGCCCCAGAACACUGCAGUCCAACCACAUUGGAUACUAAGGAUCCAACUGAAAGGGCAAAAUUGGUUCUUGAUCAUGCAGAGAGAAUGAACUGCAAAAGAUACUUAUCCCCAAAAGACAUUGUUGAGGGUUCAUCAAAUCUAAAUCUAGCAUUUGUGGCACAAAUAUUCCAUGAAAGAAAUGGCCUUUCUACAGACAACAAAAAAAUUUCUUAUGCCGAGAUGAUGACAGAAGAUGUGCAAACAUCCAGAGAAGAGAGGUGUUAUCGAUUGUGGAUCAAUAGUCUAGGCAUUGCUACUUAUGUCAAUAAUGUGUUUGAGGAUGUCAGAAAUGGAUGGAUUCUUCUAGAAGUUCUUGAUAAAGUUUCUCCUGGAUCAGUGCACUGGAAGCAUGCAUCAAAGCCACCAAUUAAAAUGCCAUUUAGAAAAGUAGAGAAUUGCAACCAAGUUAUUAGAAUUGGAAAGCAACUAAAAUUUUCACUAGUAAAUGUGGCUGGAAAUGACUUUGUACAAGGAAAUAAGAAGCUCAUACUUGCUUUCUUGUGGCAGUUGAUGAGAUUCAAUAUCCUUCAACUUUUGAAGAACUUGAGAUCUCAUUCCCAAGGAAAGGAGAUGACAGAUGCCGAUAUUCUUAAGUGGGCUAAUAAGAAAGUCAAAAGCACAGGCAGAACUUCUCACAUGGAGAGCUUUAAGGAUAAGAGCCUUUCAAGUGGUAUUUUCAUUCUUGAGCUUCUUAGUGCUGUGGAGCCUAGAGUUGUCAACUGGAAUCUCGUUACUAAGGGUGAAAGUGAUGACGAAAAGAAGUUGAAUGCUACCUACAUAAUCAGUGUCGCACGAAAGCUGGGCUGUUCCAUCUUCUUGUUACCAGAGGACAUCAUGGAGGUUAACCAAAAGAUGAUACUCACCCUAACUGCUAGCAUUAUGUUCUGGAGUCUUCAGCAGCCAGUUGACGAGGCAAAUGGGUUAUUGUCCUCUGCUGAUGCAUCCCCGGCACCAUCCAUCAGUGGUGAGGAUGAGAGCUCCUCCAUCGGUGGUGAUGUUUCGAACUUAAGCAUUGAUGAUGCUGCCUCUGAUACUACUGUCUCAUCCCAGAUUGACAACGAGGUGCCCUCGAUGCCAGAGUGAAUUAGGCUUUGAGAUUAUCCACUGCCUCCAUGAGAUGAGUUGCUUGAUGAGAAAGAAGAGAGAAGGGUUGUCUUAUAUAGGUUUUGAUCUCAUCACUUCCUUGGUUUAAGUAAAGCAAAAACCUGGUUGAAGAAAAAUGCUUUGAGAACAAGAUGUGAAGAGAAGCAAAAGAACAUACUGUAAAAAGUUUUAGUUGUUAAAUAGAAAAAGUUGUUCUUAGAUACACCAAAGUUGAAAGAAAAAAAUUGUUAAGAAUACAUGCUGGCUUUUGAGCAUUUUCUUAUCUGCUCUACCACCACUCUCAGUUUGAGUAAGCUAAAAUUUUAUAUGUGUUCUUUCACAAUUAUGACAUUUGUCAUAUUCAAUAAAAUAAACUACCAAUUCAUUAAUAA